CCAGUACCUAGAAACUUCAAACAAAAGAUAUCAUGGAGAACAACACCGGCAACCACCAGCAGCCACAGAAAGAUAACGAGCAACUAAAGAGUUUCUGGUCAAAGGAGAUGGAAGGUGACUUGAAUUUCAAGAAUCACGAGUUUCCCAUAACUCGUAUCAAGAGGAUUAUGAAGUUUGAUCCUGAUGUGACUAUGGUUGCUGGUGAGGCACCAAUCCUAUUCUCGAAAGCCUGCGAGAUGUUCAUCAUGGAUGUCACGAUGCGUUCGUGGCUCCAUGCUCAGGAGAGCAACCGACUCACGAUAAAGAGAUCUGAUGUCGCUGCCGCAGUGGAUCGAACCCUCAUCUUUGAUUUUUUGCUUGAUGUUGUCAAUGAGGACGAAGGAGAGUCCGUUGCCGCCGCUGCUGAUCCCGUGGCCGUGCCACAUCUUGACGAUGGAGAACUGCCGCCGGGAAUGGUUAUAGGUACUCCGGUUUGUAGCGGUCUUGGAAUAUACGCGCCACAACCGCAGAUGCAGGCGUGGCCUGGAGCUUGGACCGCGGCGCCUGGUGAGGAGGAGGAUGUGGCUGGGGGAAAUGGAGAAGACGGCGGAAAUUAAUAUUUGGAUUGGGUGUUAGGGUUUUUAACCGCUGUUUGUUGUGUUUUGUUGUUGUUAAUGUUAUGUUUCAUUUGUCUUUUAAGUGAAUCUAAAUAAUCUAUUUCAUAAGAGACAAGAGUACUGUAUAACGCUUUAGGUAAGAUGUUUCUUCAUGUGUGCUAAAACCAGGAUGUUUAAUUAUAAGACUAAUAUAUUUUUCUAUCACUUUUACUUGUUCAAGAACUCUCUUUCUGUGUUUGCAGCUGUUUAUUAUAUUACAUUUUAGAGGCAACAAGAUCCAGAGAUCUAGCAACAAACCUUAAUUUGAAAC